GGCCAGGAUCCUGCUAAUAGAUAGACCUCAAAAGCGCUUAUCUACGCUGCUAAUGGGAUAUUUGAUCAGUGGAACAGCUUAACUUGUUUGGACUUGAAAUAUUUUUUUAACCGAUCAAAAAGAGAUGAACAUAAGAGUCAGAUUAUKUUACUUCCUUUUGGCUAGCCUGCUUAUGGCAAUGAUCGCUGCCAAGAAACAGAAGGUUCAACCUAAUAUCGUCAUGAUCGUCGCUGACGACUUGGGCUGGGAUGACGUAAGCUUCCACGGUUCGUCUCAGAUCCCCACUCCACACAUCGAUAAACUGGCCGUUGAGGGCGUCAUUCUCAACAGUUACUAUGUGUCGCCUAUCUGUACACCAACCAGGGCAUCUUUUAUGACUGGGAAACAUCCAGUCACCUUAGGAGUCCAGCAUGCAACAAUAUUCGGGACGCAGCCGUACGGACUCCCCCUGAGGGAAACUACUACGCCACAAUACAUGAAGUCCCUCGGUUACAAGACACAUGGUAUUGGAAAGUGGCAUCUGGGUUUCUUCGAGAAAGAGUACACGCCUACAUAUCGUGGUUUUGAUUCGUACUAUGGAUUUUGGAACGGAAAGGAAGAUUACUGGGACCAUUCAUCGCAAGAAGAUGUUUGGGGAUUUGACCUGCGCGACAACGAAAGGAUUGUCAAGAAUGAGUCGGGUCAUUACGGGACAGAACUCUUCACAGAACGCGCGGUACAAGUCAUUCACACCCACAACAAGUCCAAGCCUCUCUACUUGUACCUCGCGCAGCAAGCUGUACAUUCUGCUAACGAGAGAGAACCGCUACAAGCACCGGCCAGACUGGUCAAGAGAUUCAACAAAAUCGAAGAAUAUGAUCGAAGAAUUUACGCAGGCAUGGUGACAGCCCUCGAUGAAUCUGUUGGUAAAGUCUACGAAGCCUUGAAGAAAACAAGAAUGUUGGACAACACUGUGUUGGUGUUUACCACAGACAAUGGUGGGGCACCGAGAGGAUUUAAUUGGAACCAAGGAUGCAACUAUCCUCUGAAAGGAGGCAAAGACUCCUUCUGGGAGGGAGGGGUGAGAGCGGUUGGUUUUGUCCACAGCAACCUCAUCAAGAAAAAAGCGCGCGUAAGCACCAAACUGAUCGACGCCACUGAUUGGCUACCGACAUUUUACCACUUAGGAGGUGGUGACGUCAGUCGAAUCAAACACAAAAUAGAUGGAAUGAACGUGUGGGAUACAAUCUCUGAAGAUAUUACAUCCCCAAGGACUGAAAUACUUCAUAAUAUUGACCCAGUACGUAAAUUCGCUGCUAUACGGGUCAAUAACUACAAGUUAAUUGUUAACCAAGAUGCAGUGUAUAAACAGACUUGGCAUCCAAGAUACCAAGAAGUGGUUACCAUGCAGGAUGAUGCGCAUGCGUACAAACCGAAAACUCUUCCUGGCGCAGUGGUGAACUGCGGAGCUCGGAGUAAACUCAAAGACAUGGAGUGCAACACAUCCAAGUUUCCUUGCCUGUUUGAUAUUUCAAAAGACCCUUGUGAGCGUAACACUAUCGCCAAGGACAACUUACCCAUUGUGCGCAAAAUCUUAGAGCGGCUAAUCCAGAUCCAAAAACAGGCCAGACCGGUUUGGUUUCCGGAACGAGAUCCUUCUGCUAACCCAGCCAAUUAUGACGGGUUUUGGGGCCCAUGGCGGAAAAAUCCAUCCAAUGGAAAAAUCAUUAGUGAUGCCAUGAGUAAAAUACCGACCUUUAUGACUAAAAAGAAUUCCCAUGGUAACGAAGUGACUGUCAAUCACACUGACACCAUCUUUCGCAACGAUGCAGAAUUCCAUACCAUGUUGCAUAAAAUAUUGAAAAAAGUGAAAAUUGAAGGGAAAGAUCAAAAGGGAGAAAAAAAGACAGAAAUCUAUGGAAAUGAAGAAAGUAGGAUUAAGAAGUCGAUGAUUACAUUGUAUAACGAGAUGGAAGCAAAAACCCACGACAAAGAAGGAACGAGUCGCUUGUCUCGUAAAAAACGAAGCAAAGUAAAGCAAAGUACGAAAUCUCGUAAGCUAGAUAUCAAAAGACCACGGCGUUCAAGUAAAACUGAGACUAUGGAAAACUAUCUGUCGAAUAGUCAAGAUUCAGUUUCAAAUAUCGUAAAACAAAGCAUACAAGAAAAACACAACCCAGCUCAAGUCAAAACCCUCGAAAACACUGACAAUAUUCCAUACUCGACUUUUAAUAACAUCAUACACGAUAUAGAGGAAAAUUCAGAACAGUUUUUUACCAAUUACAAGGCAACAAACAAAGCCAGAUUCAGUAAUUACAGACGCUCAGAAAUUCCAAGACCAAAACAAAGCCGCGAACAAACCAUCUUGGCGGCUUUGUCAAAAAUAUUCCAGAGAUGAAUACGUACUUUAAAACAUUCCCUACAAAAUUUUCGCUUUUAAAGAAAAAAGAAUUGUAGUUUAAGACAGAAAUUUAAAACGAAUUGUAUGGAAAUAUAGGCUAUUUGAGUUCAUGUAGCUAAAAUGACACUGAGUAUAAUUGUUAUAUCAACGUCGUGAGAUAUAUUUUACAAUAAAAA